AUGUCGACAGCGACGACAGUAAAGGCGUCCGUACUGCACGGCGCCAGGGACCUGAGGGUGGAAGAGCGCACCCUCCCGCCCCUGGCCGCAGACGAGGUCCGCGUCGCCGUCAAGGCCACCACCCUCUGCGGCUCCGACCUGCACUACUACCACCACUACCGCAACGGCGACAUCCUCGUCCGCGAGCCCAUGACCCUCGGCCACGAGUCCGCGGGCGUCGUCACCGCCGUCGGCGCCUCCGUCCAGGACCUGCGGCCGGGCGACGCCGUCGCCCUCGAGGUCGGCGUGCCCUGCGCCCGCUGCGCCCUCUGCGAGCAAGGCCGCUACAACAUCUGCCGCGACAUGCAGUUCCGCUCCUCGGCGCGCAGCUUCCCCCACCGCCAGGGCACCCUGCAGCAGGAGAUCGCGCACCCGGCGCGCUGGUGCCACCGCCUGCCCGCGGGCCUGCCGCUCGGCCUCGGCGCGCUGGCCGAGCCGCUGUCCGUCGCCAUGCACGCCCUGGACCGCGCGCAGCUGCCGCCGCCGCCGCCGCCGCCCUCCUCCUCCUCCUCCUCAAAGAGCGCGACGGUGCUCGUCCUCGGCGCCGGCGCCGUGGGCCUGCUCUGCGCCGCGCUGUGCAAGGUCGCCGGCGCCGGCGCCGUCGUCAUCGCCGACAUCCAACAGGACAGGGUCGACUUUGCCACGCGCAACGGCUUCGCGGACGCCGGCUUCGUGGUGCCCGCGCGCCGGCCCGAGACGACCGAGGCCAGGCUCGAGUUCGCCAAGGAGGUCGCGGCGCUGGCGGCGCGCACGGCCGUCCGCGGGCAGGAGGUGGGCGAGGUGGCGCGGACGUUUGAGUGCACCGGCGUGGAGAUCUGCCUGCAGACGGCCAUCUACGCCACGCAACCAGGCGGCAAGGUCAUGCUCAUCGGCAUGGGCACGCCCAUCCAGACCCUGCCCAUCUCGGCCGCCGCCCUGCGCGAGGUCGACCUCGUCGGCUCCUUCCGCUACGCCCACACCUACCCGCGCGUGCUCGAGCUGCUGGCCAGCAAGAACCCGCUGCUGCCGGACCUCGAGAAGCUGUGCACGCAGCGGUUCGUCGGCCUCGACAACAUCCCCAAGGCGUUUGAGAUGGCCGGCAAGGUCAAGGACGACGAUGGCAAGCUGGUGCUCAAGGUCGUCGUUGAGAUGUAG